AUGAGCGGCGAACGUUCGAAGAAGACUCUGAUAAGCGACAGACAAAAAGAGGAGGGUCGCAAAGAGGCGAGACACGAAGAGGAGGGACACGAAGAGGAGGGACACGAAGAGGAGGGACACGAAGAGGAGGGACACGAAGAGGAGGGACACGAAGAGGAGGGACACGAAGAGGAGGGACACGAAGAGGAGGGACACGAAGAGGAGGGACACGAAGAGGAGGGACACGAAUAG